AAUUUAAAAGACAUUAGUUUUACCACUUCUAAAAUAAAAAAUUCAAAAAUUAAAAGUUAAAAUAGACUGGUGGCAGUCGUGCAAAUUACUUUUGUAUACAAUGGCGGCACCCACGAUCUCAAGACUCGCUGUUGGGCUGAAAACAAUAGGACAGAAUGGAACACGUAGUAUUUCAACCAGUUACUGCUGCUUGGUGGAAGAAGAUUGGAGAUAUAAGAAUGGUAUGCCGAGAAACUCGAAUGCGUACGGUCCUCUGACAGACGGACGUGACUUUACUUUUGUUGAUGGAAGACCAACCCCAGUUAAUUCUGGUCAGCGAAGACGUCUGGAACAGAAUAAGCUGCAUGCUGAUAAAAUUAUUCAAAUUGUAAAAGAAAUGAAUUUUGCUGUUGAACGCAACAGAGGACUGAAACAAUUGAAGGAAGAAAAACGAAGAGAGAUCUUGGAUUCCAAAUUGAAACCUAAAGGUCACUUGCUGCUUUCUAAAGACAAAUGAAGAUUGAAAACAUUUACUAGUAAAAUAUAAUUCAUGCCUAAAAUACAAAAGUUGCUAAAAAAUUCACCAAUUUCCUGAUAGGCAUAUUAUUUGCCAAAUGACCUUCCACCCUUUGUUAUUCAUUCUCAUCCCCAACUCAUCCCUCCCACUUAGAACGGUCCAACGACGACGAUUUUUAACCUACGUUCAGUCUUCGGGGCUUUUUAGUUUUUCCCCAUGGAUAUUGGCACCGUUUCUUUUUAGGAAACGAUUUUUCGUGAUUACUUAAGGGUGGUAUAAAGUUCCAAGAACCAUACU